GUAUAGAGCUAGCUGCACCUGGGUCGCGACUGACAAUAGCGCGUGUGAAGAGAGCAGCCGCCGAGACUUGCAAAGCGAUCACCCGAACUUUCAGGUGGAACUCUUUUUGACGACUCACAGUCAACAUGCAGUCUCUCCGCACCCGCGUGUCGUCGGCUGCUGCCCCGGCACAGCGCCGCUCCGUCAUCGCCGCGGCCGCGCGCCCGUCCCAGCAGUUGGCGUCACAGGCGCUUGCCGCUGGCCUGGCGCUAGGCAUCACCCUCAGCGGCGCGCCGGCGCUGGCCGCUUCGCCUUACUCCAGUCUUGCUGACAUCGUGCGGCCUCAGUUUGCGUUCGUCGACGAGGACAAGAACGGCGUCAUCACCAAGCAGGAGCUGCUGCGCACCUCGCAGGCUGUGGCUGAGGACGUGGACUUCCUGGUGCCGGGCGAGGGGCAGCUGGACUUCGCCAUGAAGCUGUUCGACCUCAACCAGGACGGCACGCUGACGACCGACGAGCUGCUGUCCGCCAUCGCGCUGGAUGGCGCCGUGAGCGACGAUGCCAUCGACAAGGACGUGGUGUCCGUGUUCGACAAGGACGGGGACGGUUUCGUGACGCUGCGCGAAUUCAAGGCGGGCGUGCCGCCGCUGGGCCCGGGCGGUGAGGCGGCCAAGGAGUACAUCUUCAACCGCGUUGACCAGCUGGUCAACGCCGACAGCAAGCUGGACCAGCAGGAGUUCGCCAACGCUCUCAUCCUCACCCGUACCGCUGUGCUGGGCUAUUAGGCAUACGGUGCGGUUUUCACGACACAUAUCGGACUUUCGGACGUUUAGACGGAGGCAUGUGAAGCCAAGGGUGAAGCUGGACCAACGGAUGCACACGCGGGGUGCACAGCCACGGUGAUGCUGACACGGCCGACACGCCGAAACUUGGAGCUUUUGGGUAUCGCUAUCCGCGAAACGGUAGACUGACUGCAGACGGGUCGGAGAAGGAUACGUACGUGGAUGUAGCGGAGCUUGAGCUGGGCCAGGCGUGUCCAGGGGGACAGUUCGCAGGAGGCGGUAGAAGGUUGUCAUGAAGGCAUGCGGUGACCGCAAGCCGGGUUUUCGACGAGCAGGACAAGCCUGGAUGACGUCAUUGUUGAAUAUAGUCGCCCUAGAGAAAGCGCUUCUCUAGACUACAAUUCUCCAAAGGGAGAUUCGCUCCGCAAUCCGCCGGCAUUCACUACGUCCGCAAACCGUUUUUGUCAAAUUGCUUUGCGGAACUCGGAAUACUUUCAAAGAGUAUUUGGCUGGACACUAGAUUCCACGUUGUGAAGCGGCCAACUUCACG